GGCAAGACGCGAGGGCCAUUUCGUUGGCGGUGUACAGACACACUGGGCGCGCACCCCACCGGAAGUGGAAGCAGAUGCGUUUGAAGCAUUCGAAGCCGGUUACAUGCACACACAUUGUGCACAAUCAUCACGCAUUGUUCAUCUAGUCUGUAAUUUUCUUUCCCUUCCUCUUCCAUUUUCCAGCUUGCUCCGCCAUUCCCAGUCCGCUCCUUCCAUUUCAACUCUCUGGAUCUGAAUUCUCAGCUUCGCACGCAUAUAUACAUAUGUACGUGUACGUAUCUUCUUCACAAAUUGGCGCUGUCUUGUGAUUGAUCGAGGUUUCCUUCGCCGUCAAAGAUGGAUCUGGCGGAGGUGUCACGGACCUUCCAUAUGGACCCCAUAGUCAAUGCCUUCUCGUCCGGUACGCGUCUCAGGGACAUGAUUCGGGCCAUACGUGAUUGCAAAACCGCAGCAGAGGAACGGGCUGUUGUAAGAAAAGAAUGUGCUGCAAUUCGUGAAGCAGUUGGUGAAAAUGAUGAACGGUGUAGGCACCGUAAUAUGGCAAAGCUAAUGUUCAUUCACAUGCUCGGUUACCCCACCCAUUUUGGUCAAAUGGAAUGCCUGAAGUUAAUUGCAUCUGAUGGAUUCCCUGAGAAGAGGAUAGGGUAUCUUGGACUCAUGUUGCUUCUUGAUGAAAGACAGGAAGUACUGAUGUUGGUCACAAACUCGUUGAAGCGAGAUCUUUAUCAGUCCAACACAUAUAUUGUGGGACUAGCUCUGUGUGCUUUGGGGAACAUAGGUUCUGAAGAAAUGGCCCGUGAUCUUGCACCAGAAGUUGAAAAACUGCUGCAAUUUCGUGAUCCGAAUAUUCGGAAGAAAGCAGCAUUGUGCUCCAUAAGGAUUGUAAAGAAAGUCCCCGACCUGGCAGAAAAUUUUAUAAAGCCUUCUGCUGCCUUACUUAAGGAAAAGCACCAUGGAGUUCUAUUAACUGGACUCCAACUCUGCACAGAUCUAUGUAAAGUCAGUGCAGAAGCUCUUCAAUAUUUUAGAAAGAAAUGCACUGAGGGUGUGGUCAAAACUCUCAAGGAUGUCAUGAACAGCCCAUAUUCACCUGAAUAUGACAUAUCUGGGGUAAUAGAUCCUUUUCUUCACAUCAGAUUGCUCAAGUUUUUACGUGUGUUGGGCCAAGGAGAUGUAUAUGCCAGUGAGUGUAUGAAUGACAUCCUUGCUCAGGUUGGUACAAAAACUGAGUCAAAGAAAAAUGCUGCAAAUGCCAUUCUUUAUGAAUGCGUUCAAACUAUAAUGAGCAUUGAAGACGAUGGUGGCUUGCGGGUGCUUGCUAUCAAUAUCUUGGGAUCAUUCUUGUCAAAACGAGACAACAAUAUCAGAUAUGUUGCUUUGAACAUGUUGAUGAAAGCUGUCACGGUAGAUAUACAAGCAGUGCAGAGGCAUCGGGGAAUAAUUUUGGAAUGUGUAAAGGAUUCAGAUGCUUCUAUUCGUAAAAAGGCCCUUGAACUUUUGUAUCUUCUCUUGAAUGAAAGCAAUGUAAAACCUUUGACAGGAGAGCUUAUUGAAUAUCUGGAAGUAAGCAGUGAAGAAUUCAAAGAAGAUCUUACCUUGAAAAUUUGCUCCAUCAUUGAGCAGUUUCCCAUGGAAAAAAUUUGGUAUAUUGAUCAGAUGCUCAAGGUUCUCUCUCUGGCAGGUAACUUUGUAAAGGAUGAAGUUUGGCAUGCCCUAAUUGUUGUGAUAACCAAUUCUUUAAACCUUCAUGGAUAUACAGUCCGGUCUCUCUACAGAGCAAUGAAAACAUCAAGUGAACAGGCAAAUCUUGUUCGGGUGGCAGUUUGGUGCAUUGGAGAAUAUGGUGAAAUUUUGGUUAAUAAAACUGGAAUGCUUGAUGUAGAGGAACCAGUAACUGUAACAGAAUCUGAUGCUUUGGAUGUCAUAGAGACAGUUAUGAAGCGCCAUAAUUCUGAUCUCACCACUCAAGCAAUGUGUUUGAUUUCUUUGAUGAAGCUUUCUUGUCGCUUUCCUUCUUGUUCGCAGAGGAUUAACAGUAUAAUUGUUCAAUAUAAAGGAAGCUUAGUGCUUGAACUGCAACAGAGAUCAAUUGAAUUUAAUUCUAUCAUCAAGAAGCAUCAGAACAUCAGGCCUGUACUUCUCGAAAGGAUGCCAGUUCUGGAUGAGGCAACUUACAGUGGAAGGAAAGCUGGCUGUUCUCCACAAACUGUCUCAGUGUUAAGUGGAGCUCCACUUAAUCAACCAAAUGGAGUUGCAAAACCUACUCCAGAUUCUCUUGUUAAUUUACUAGACAUAAAUUCAGAUGAGACACCAGCACCUAGCUCUUCUGGUGACAAUUUUCUUCAGGAUCUUCUUGGGGUAGGAUUAUCACCAGCUUCAUCGCAACCAGGUACCGAUCAGGCUCAAAAAAGUGGUACAGACAUUUUGUUGGAUCUUUUAUCGAUUGGAACACCUUCAGAUCAAAGCAACACAUCUCAAUCUAGCCUUUUGCCCUCUAUUCAAAGUAACAAAACCUUACUUGGUACACUGGAGCAUUCAUCAUCACCUUCUGAGCCUCCUGCACUAGCAUCUUCUGAUGGUGGUUCUUCUAUGAUGGAUUUGUUGGAUGGCUUUGCAUCCAAUCCAGCAAAACUUGAAGACAAUGGACCUGCUCAUCCAUCAUUGAUGGCAUAUGAGAGCAGCUCCUUGAAGAUAAUGUUCAACUUCUCAAAGCCACAUGGAAACCUCCAAACAACACUUAUUGAAGCUGUUUUCACAAAUAAAUCACCUCAUGCCUAUACAGAUUUUAUUUUCCAGGCAGCUGUUCCAAAGUUCCUUCAACUGCACUUAGAUCCGGCCAGCAGUAACACUCUGCCUGCAAGCGGCGGCGGGGUCAUUACACAAAACAUGCGUGUUGUAAACACCCAACAUGGCAAGAAAUCCCUUGUGAUGCGCAUACGGAUUGGUUACAUGCUGAAUGGCAAGGAUGUUAGCGAGGAAGGACAGAUCAACAACUUCCCACGUGAAUUGCAAGCUUGAAUGGUCUUCUAAGUUUGUUAAAGCUUUUGACCAACCCUCUUCCUUUCUCUAUCAUCAUCAUCUUCAGAUUAUUUAUUAUAAUUAUUAAUGGUAUCUUGAUUUUGUUUUGUGGGGAUUGACGGAAGGUGGUGGUUUGUGUCUAUUAAUCGUCUUUGAUGCCAUGGAUAUCAAAUCUGAGGCGCAGAGGAAAGUCGGCCGCUUACAGGUUCAUAAUUUUGGAACACUGGAGAUGUUAUACUUCUGCAAAUAAGUUUGAUAAAUAAUUUUUAUAAGUAAAUAAAAAAUUUUGUUAAAAAUUA